AUCAGUAGAAUUAUGGAGGGUAUAGGUCCUCUACUUUCCGUAAGCAGAAUGUAAGCGGCCUCUGGAACCUUUUCAUAACCUUUAAAUUCAAAUCUCGCCUCAGUGAGAGCAGGUGGAAGUGAAAACAAAAGCAAGCAGUCAACAGUGUAAAUAAUAAAGAAAUUCCCAGUUUCAUAAUCACAUCAAUCAAUAAACAAUUGAAUAAUAUAAUGUCAGUUAAGAAUGAAUUUGGUGACGAAGUGACGGUUAUCGCCCAGAAGUUAGAAUCAUUUUCAACAAACUCUAACGACAGUCCCCUAGAAAAUCGCUCGAGAAGCACCAUGUCGAUGAGUCCAAUGAGUCCAAUGGAUCAUCAUUCAGAAGAGAAGCUCAAAGCAGACGUAUCGAACGAGAAAAAAAAGUACCUGCUAGAGACGAAAAUGCUGAUUAUCAACGUGCCAGAGAAAAUUCUUUUCAUCAUCGAUGCCACCCAGGAGAGCAAGAUAACACCCUUUGAGUUAGAGUCGGGCAAAAAAUUGUUGCCCUUGCCGUUGAUAAGGAAAGCCGUCGAGAUGUUUGUCCACACAAAGUCGACGAUAAGUCGCAGCCACGAGUACGCGGUGAUGUCCUUGAACGGUGACGUCCCGAAGUGGAUCUGUAGCUUCACGAACAACAUCAAGCAGGUGAUAAACAGCCUGGGGAGUGUCAUGCAGACUCAAACUUUGGACGAGGACCAGAAUAUCUGCGACUUGUCGGCCUGCUUCAAGAUGGUCAUGGACAACCUCGAGCUUGAAGAGUACCUGACCAUCCCCAAGUUUGUCAACCGCGUGAUCCUCAUCUACGGCAGGUCCCAAACUGUCACCAGCAUAUCGGACAGUACUUACUUUGACUUGCUGGUUCGCCAUCCUUACGUUUUUCUGGACGCGCUUUACGUUCACGAGUCCCCCACUGAAGACAAUGAGUCCGAGAAAGUUUACGGUGAACUUCAGAGGCUGGAUACCAAGAAUAACUCUUUCAUCCUGGAAGUUGGACGCAAAGCCGCUGAAUUGUUUAGUUCUAUGGCUAUGUUAGUUGCUCACUCGCUUCAGAGACCUAACCAAAAUGCAACUAAUUAUACGAUUACUCUAUCAGAUAAUUCUACUGAUGUUUAGGCUAAUUUAUGAUUUAUCAUGUUGAAAAUAGAAGACCUGGUGAUUUUUUUUUUUUUUUUUUUUUUUUGUAAAUAAGUU